AUGAGCUCCAAGCCAAAGCACGUUGGUUUUGUCUACUGCUACGAGAGCCUAUACAGCUUGCUCUUUUACUGGGGCGCCAUUACCUUUCGUCUGCAUCAUCUGCAGACGACGCCGCAAAGAGUGAUCUAUGCCUUGAGCAUACGCAUUUUCUUUAUUGGUGGCUUUGUAACGGGCGUUUAUAUAAAGCUCAGCGACGCGCAAAUGUCACAGGCCAUGUUUAGCCAUCUCUCGCCUGUGGUGAAGAUUAUCUUCAGCUGGGAGUGCGUCUGCUGCAUUAUAACCUACAUAGAGUAUUGCCUGCUAUUGGAUACACAGCGACGUCGUCAUAUACGUCUGUUGGCCAACAUGCAGCUGCUGGACACACAAAUCUCUGCAGCUUUUCCAUUUGUAAAUUGGCGCUAUCAUCGCACGCGCGGCAAAUACUGGUACGGCACUGUGGGCAUAACAUUCCUGUAUUUGGUCAUCACAUUGACCUUGAUGUUUGACACAACUCGCUGUAGUUGCGGCUUUUUAUCCACGCUGGUAAUUGCUUGCAGCUAUACCUUGGUGACCAGCACCUUGGGACUGUUCAGCUUCAUACACAUAGGACUAAUGGAUUACCUACGCGUGCGGUUUCGGUUGGUAAUGAAGCUGCUGCGCCAGCUCUAUGCGGCUACGAGUGUCACAGCAACGGAGCGUGAGUUACAGCUUGACUUACUCUUUGCAUUCGCCAAGCGCGGCUCCUGGCUAGUGCAGGAGCUAAAUGAAACCGUUGGCACGCUUGCUGCUGCCGGCAUGUUUUACGAUUUUACCCACAUGACGGGCUUUGUGUAUGUUGUCUGCCAAAAGUUGCUGCACCAAGAGCCUUGGGAUACCCAAUACGCCUUUCUGACGCUGCAUCUGGCCGUGCACAUCUAUAAGCUUAUCAUGACCUGCGUUUAUGGCUACAUAUUGCAGCGUGAGAAACGCAACUGCAUGCAUUUGCUCAGCGCAUGUGGCGCCCACUUUAAGCAAAUCCCGCAGAUUCAGUGUCGUAUAGAAUGCUUUCAACAUUGGUGCAUGCAUAAUAAGCACACGACCACCAUUGGCAAGAAGACUCCGCUUAAUCUCAGUAUGCUCUAUGUGGUUUUUAAUGGGCUAGCUAAUUAUGUUAUAGUGCUGGUACAGUUGCUUUUUCAGUUGCAGCAAAAGGAUAAGCAAUCUAUGCCGAAAGAUGUGGAGAUUAUAAAAUCCUAA